UGUUAUCUAUAGUCGAACUCGUUGGGUGAUAACGUUAUUGUUACCGCGUUCACAGUAACCAUCACACGUUUUUGUUGCCGACACUAGAGGUCGAUUCUGAUGUCGUUACAAACGUGAGCAUACCGUAGUAAAUUCGUAUUAUAUAUAGGACGUAGUAUAUACUCACAUAACAAUAAUAAUAUUAUUAUUCCCCACAUUAUGGCACCCCGUUCACGAAGGAAAAUCGUGGAUGUUGAGCGUUGAGUGUAGGGCCACGACGACCGUCGAAUUUGAAUUACAGAAGUUUAAAGACCCGUGAAGUAAACCGCUUAAUCCGCAUUGUUGUUCACCACGUGCCGCGUCUGGAAGACGUCGUUCACAUCGAUUUCAAACAUCCGUCGUGGUCCGUUUUUGUUUUGAAUUAUCCAUCUCCGUCAUGACCAAUGAAGCGCGGAACAACCUGAUCCUGGCCAUGAACGACCCGUCGAACAUCCUCUACUCGGACGAAUUUGUGGUGAUUAUUGCUGACCAGUACCGCAAGUCCGAACAUCACUAUCUAGUUAUGCCCAAGGAAGACUUGCUGGAUGUUCGCUCGCUCAAGGCGCACCAUAUACCCAAGCUCAUCUAUAUGGAGCUAAAAGGCCUCGAGUAUGUGAUGCAUACAUCCGGACUGUUUGCACAAGAUUUACUAGUUGGAUACCACAGUUUCACAUCAAUGAACCGAUUGCACUUGCAUGUGUUGAGUAAAGACUUUUGUGGCCCACACAUGAAACUGUCUCACCAGUGGAAUUCAUUUAACACGGAUUUCUUCAUACCUACUCACAAAAUAAUUUCUGAACUACAAACUGUAGGAUAUUUAGUACUGCCACCCAACAAGAAAUGUUUGCAUCAACCACUUCAAUGCAAUAAAUGUGACUACUUUACCAAUGAAAUUAAGCAUUUAAAAAUGCAUUUGAAGAUGGUUCACUAUCUGCCACAAAUUUUUUGAUAUUUUACUAUAGAGUUAUACUUAAGUAUUGAUACAUUAUAAUAUAUUAUAAU